AUGGAAUUCAGUGCCCUGGCUUCUUGUCAUGGAUUUAACCUGGAUGUGAAGGAACCCAUAGUGUUCAGAGAUGAUGAAGCCAGCUUUGGGCAGACCGUGGUGCAGUUUGGUGGAUCUCGAUUGGUGGUGGGAGCUCCCUUGCAAGUGAUGGCGGUCAACCAAACGGGACAGUUGUACGACUGUGUGCCAGCCACUGGCACGUGCCAACCCAUCUUGCUGCAGAUACCCCCAGGGUUCGUGAACAUGUCCUUGGGUUUUUCCUUGGCCACUUCCAUUGACCAGUCCCAGGUGCUGGCCUGUGGCCCAACAGUGCAUAGAACUUGUGAGGAGAACACAUAUGCAAAAGGCUCUUGUCUCCUGUUGAACUCCCGCUUGCAGAUCACCAGGACAUUUCCAGAUGCCCUCCCAGACUGUCCACACAACGAGAUGGACAUUGUCUUCCUGAUCGAUGGCUCUGGCAGCAUAGAGCCCAGUGACUUUAGCCAGAUGAAGGACUUUGUCAGAGCUGUGAUGGACCAGUUCCAGGGUACCAACACCAUGUUCUCUCUGAUGCAGUACUCCAACAUCCUGAAGACCCACUUCACCUUCACGAAAUUCCGCACCAGCUUGAGCCCUCAGAGCCUGGUGGACCCCAUUGUACAGCUGAGUGGCCUGACGUUCACAGCCACGGGCAUCCUCAAAGUGGUGAAGGAGUUAUUUCACAGCAAGAAUGGGGCUCGUGAAAAUGCCAAGAAGAUCCUCAUUGUCAUCACAGACGGACAGAAGUACAGAGACCCUCUGGACUACCAUGAUGUCAUUCCCCAGGCAGAGGAAGCAGGCAUUACCCGCUACGCCAUCGGGGUGGGGGACGCCUUCCAGGAUCCCAGUGCCCGGCAGGAGCUGGACACCAUCAGCUCAGCACCCCCUCAGGACCAUGUGAUCAAAGUGGGCAACUUCUCGGCACUCAGAAGCAUCCAGAAGCAGCUACAGGAGAAGAUCUUUGCAGUUGAGGGAACCAGGUCGAGAAGGAGUAGCAACUUUCACCACGAGAUGUCUCAAGAAGGCUUCAGCUCAGUAUUCACAGCGGAUGGUCUGGUUCUGGGAGCUGUGGGGAGCUUUGGCUGGUCUGGGGGCGCCUUCCUGUACCCCUCCACCAGGGCUCCCACCUUCAUCAGCAAGCCUCAGAAAAGUGUGGACAUGAGAGACUCCUACCUAGGUUACUCCAUGGAGCUGGCCCUGUGGAAGGGGACAUGGAGUCUGGUCAUGGGGGCCCCUCGGCACCAGCACACGGGGAAGGUUGUCAUGUUCACCCAGGAAGUGGGGCAAUGGCGGCCAAAUGCUGAGGUCCCCGGGACCCAGAUUGGCUCCUACUUUGGGGCCUCCCUGUGCUCCGUGGACGUCAGCAGAGAUGGCAACACUGACCUGAUCCUCAUUGGGGCCCCGCAUUACUAUGAGCAGACGCGAGGGGGCCAGGUGUCCGUGUGUCCCAUGCCCAGAGGGAGGGCUCGGUGGCGGUGUGGGUCUGUUCUCCAUGGGGAGCAGGGCCAUCCCUGGGGCCGCUUUGGGGCAGCCCUGACAGUGCUGGGGGACGUGAACGGGGACAAGCUGACAGACGUGGCCAUUGGAGCUCCAGGAGAGCAGGAGAACCUGGGUGCUGUCUACAUAUUUCAUGGGACCUCAAGCCUGGUUGUGGGCCCUGUACACAGCCAGAGGAUCCCUGGCUCCCAGUUCUCCUCCAAGCUCCAGUAUUUUGGGCAGUCACUAAGUGGAGGUCAGGACCUCAACCAAGAUGGACUGGUGGACCUGGCCGUUGGGGCCCAAGGACACGCGGUGCUGCUCAGGAGUCUACCCGUGCUGAAAGUCGGGGUAUCCAUGCAGUUUGUCCCUGUGGAGGUGGCGAAGGCUGUGUAUCAGUGCUGGGAAGAGGUGUUCCCCUCUCUGGAAGCUGGGGAGGUUACGAUUUGUCUCACUAUCCACAAGGGCUCAUUUGACCACUUAGAUGCUAUCCAGAGCUCUAUCAGGUAUGAUCUGGCAUUGGACCCAGGCCGUCUGAUACCUCGUGCUAUUUUUCAUGAGACCAAGAACUGGACUUUGAGUCGGAGGAAGAUCCUGGGGCUUGGGAAUCACUGUGAAAGUGUGAAGCUGCUUCUGCUAGACUGUGUGGAGGAUGCAGGGAGCCCCAUCAUCUUGCGCCUUAACUUCUCCCUCCUGGAAGAACCUAGCUCAUUCUGGAAUCUUCGCCCUGUGCUGGCUAUGGACUCACAAGACCUCUUCACUGCUUCUCUACCUUUUGAGAAGACCUGUGGCCAAGACCACCUCUGUGAAGGCGACCUGAGGGUCAACUUCAGCUUCUCAGGCCUGCAGACUCUGAUAGUGGGGAGCUUCCCCGAGCUCAGCCUCACGGUGACCGUGUGGAAUGAAGGAGAGGAUUCUUAUGAAACAGUGAUCACUUUCUACUACCCAGCAGGGCUGGCCUACCGACGGGCAUCAGGAAUACAGGAGGAACCUCAUCAUCGCCCACUGCGCCUGGCAUGUGAGGAAAAGCCCACCCAGAAUGAGAGCCUGAGGAGCAGCAGCUGUAACAUCAACCACCCCAUCUUUCGAGAAGGUGCUAAGGGAACCUUCAUAAUCACAUUUGACGUCUCUUAUGAGGCCACUCUGGGAGACAGAUUGCUUGUGAGGGCCAAUGCAAGCAGCAAGAACAAUAAGCCUGCAACCAAUAAUACCUCCUUCCAGCUGGAGCUCCCGGUGAAAUACACGGUGUACACAGUGAUCAGCAGGCAGGAAGACUCCACUAAGUAUUUCAACUUUUCAUCUCUGGAUAAGAAGAGCAGGAAAGAGGCCAAACAUGGAUAUCGUGUGAAUAACUUGAGCCAGCGAGAUCUGGCCAUCAGCGUCACCUUCCGGGUUCCCGUCCUGCUGAACAGUGUGGCUGUCUGGGAAGUGGCUGUGAAGGCCCCUGCACAGAGUCUCCCCUGUGUGUCAGAGAGGGAACUUCCUCAACAUCCUGACUUCUUGACUCAGAUUGCAACAAAUUCUGUACUGGACUGCUCCAUUGCGGAGUGUGUGACGUUCCGUUGUGACAUCCCUUCCUUCGGCAUCCAGGAGGAGCUGGACUUUGUCCUGCAGGGCAACCUCAGCUUUGACUGGGUCAGCCAGACAUUGCAGAAGAAGGUGUUGGUCAUGUCGGUGGCUGAGAUCACGUUUGACACGUCUGUGUAUUCCCAGCUCCCAGGACAGGAGGCGUUUUUGAAGGCCCAGAUGGAGACAGUGCUAGAAGAAGUUAAGGUCUAUCAUCCCAUGUUCCUCAUGGUGGGCAGCUCCGUAGGCGGGCUGCUGCUACUGGCCCUCAUCACAGCUGCCCUGUACAAGUUUGGUUUCUUCAGACGUCAUUACAAAGAAAUGCUGGAUGUCAAGACAGAAGACUCAGCCUCAUGCACUGGAGAUGAUGUUAGUUGUGAGGAGGCCCCAAAUCUGCCUUCUUCCUGAUGGUCUGUUUUCCUGUUUAUCUCUACCUCUGGGGCUGGUCUUUUUCUCUCCCUUUGAAUCUACUUCUAUUGAGAACAACUUUUUCAUAGA